AUGGCCGGGUUCUACAGAUCCAGUUAUGUUGAGGAUGGUGAAACCAAGUACUUGGCCACCACUCAAUUCGAGCCAAUUGAUUGUAGAAGAGCUUUUCCUUCUUUUGACGAACCUGCUUUGAAAGCCACUUUUGACAUCUCGUUAAUUGCUAAAAAGUCCUUGACAUGCUUGUCGAACAUGGACGUUAAAGACACCAUUUUAUUGGGCGAUGACAAGAAGAAGGUGGUGUUCAACACCACUCCAGUCAUGUCCACGUACUUGGUGGCAUUUAUUGUUGGGGAAUUGAACUAUGUUGAAAACAAUGACUACAGGGUCCCCAUUAGAGUGUACUCGACUUCAGGGUCUGAAAAGUUGGGGGUCUACUCGGCAGAAAUCUCUGCCAAAACCUUGGCUUUUUUCGACAAGAAGUUCGAUAUUCCUUACCCUUUACCCAAAUGUGACUUGGUGGCCAUCCACGAUUUUGCUGCUGGGGCCAUGGAAAACUAUGGAUUAAUCACCUUCAGAACAGUCGAAGUAUUGAUUGACCCCAAGGUCGCCGACGUCAACGGCUUGAAGAGAGUUACCGAGGUGGUAAUGCACGAAUUGGCCCAUCAAUGGUUUGGGAAUUUGGUGACCAUGGAUUUCUGGGAUGGUUUGUGGCUUAACGAAGGGUUUGCAACCUGGAUGUCUUGGUACGCCUGUGAUGCAUUGUAUCCAGACUGGAAGGUUUGGCAAUCUUACGUUACUGACGACUUACAACAAGCUUUAAGUUUGGAUGGUUUAAGAUCAUCUCACCCUAUUGAAGUGCCGUUGAAGAGAGCAAAUGAUGUUAAUCAGAUCUUUGAUUCUAUCUCGUACGCCAAAGGUUCUUCCUUGUUGAAAAUGAUUUCUAAUUGGUUGGGAGAGGAAACCUUCGUGAAGGGUGUCUCCAACUAUUUGAAGAAGCACAAAUGGGGAAACACCAAGACUAGGGACUUAUGGGAGUCUCUCUCUGACGUGAGUGGAAAGGAUGUUAACACCAUCAUGGAUAUCUGGACCAAGAAUGUUGGUUAUCCAUUGGUGACUGUGAAGGAGUUAGGAAACAAUGAAAUCGAAGUCACUCAGAACAGAUUUUUGACAACCGGUGAUGUCAAGGAAGAGGAAGACCAGUUGAUUUAUCCGGUGUUUUUGACUAUCAAGACGUCUAAAGGUGUUGAUACUUCGGCUGUUUUGGAUGUCAGAACCAAGAAAUUCAAGUUGGAUACUGAUGAUGACUUUUUCAAGAUCAAUGCAGACCAAGCUUGUAUUUACAGAACUGUCUACGAAAGUGAUCGUUGGAUUAAGUUGGGUAAAGCCGGUAUUGAAGGUAAGUUAUCGGUGGAAGACAAGGCUGGUUUGGUGGCUGAUGCUGCUUCCUUAAGUACCUCUGGAUUCCUUUCUACUUCCAGUUUGUUAAACUUGACCCAAUCAUGGGCCAAUGAAACCAACGAUGUUGUUUGGUCAGAACUCACUUCCAACAUUGGAAGCAUCAAAGAAGCUUUCAAGUUUGAAGGUGCGGAAUUCACUGAAGCUUUGCAAUCAUUUUCCAUUGACUUGGUCCAUCAAAAGUUGACUGAGCUUGGUCAUGAAUUUUCUGAUUCUGAUUCGUUUGGUGAACAAAGAUUGAAGAAGUUGUUAUUUGGAACUGCUGUUUCCUCCAACCAUCCCAAAUAUGUUCAAAUUUGUAAGGACUUAUUUGAAAAGUUUGUUGGUGGGGACAAAUCCGUUCUCAACUCCAAUAUCAGAGGUAUUGUCUUCAAUUGUGCUGCUAAAACUGGAGAUGAGGCUACAUUUGAGAAGCUUUUUGAUAUAUAUCAAAACCCUUCCAGUGCUGAAGAAAAGGUUUCUGCUUUAAUUGCUUUGGGUGCAUUUAGAGAUGAAAAGAUAUUGGAUAAGGUUUUAGACUUGUUAUUCCAAUUUGAUGUUGUGAAAAAACAGGAUACCUACAAACCAAUGAUUCUGAUGAGAACCAAUACAAUUGGAGUUGAAAAGUUAUGGGCUUGGUACACUACCAACUAUGAAAAGCUUAUUGAAGCACAUCCUCCUCAAUUGUCGAUGUUUGGUACCCUUACCAAGCUCUCUGUCGCUGGAUUCGCCAAGAAGGAGCAGAAGGAAAAAGUGGUUGCUUUCUUUGAAGGUAAGGAUUUGGCUUACUUCGACAAGAGCUUGGCUCAAGCUUUAGAUGUAGUUACUUCCAAGAUCUCCUGGGUCGAACGUGAUUCAGACUCGAUUCUUAGUUGGUUGUCUACGAAUGGAUAUACCAAAUCCAAGUUGUAA